AUUAAAAGAUUUUACUGAUGAAACCAAAAUCAAAGCGUUCUAUAUGUUAAUACUGUAAUCUCACUAACUCCGCCUUCGCUGUGCAGUUAACUUGACAAAGUUCAAAUAAAGUUUAGUAUAUGUAUUUCUAGGUAGGAACUUAAGUAGCGACUCGUGAACAUGUCGAAAACAUGGUUGAACAAACGUACACUGACGGGUUAUGCGUGUAUACCCUCGUUCGAUUGCCUACCCAUUUUCCUAUAUCUGUGCCUACUUUGAGCCGUUACCUAUUAACACAUAGCUCCCGUCGUUCUUGAAUUAAUCCUUGGUCGUCUCAUCAUCACCUACUGCUUCUCAAUGCAUCCGUUCUCGUAUUGUGCCUGAUUGCUUCCUGAUACUGUAACGCCUCGGUGGGGUUAAUUACCAACAAAACUGCCAACGCUACAACAUCACCUUGUAUUGCAUUGCAAACAACAUCAACGUGUAAACUGAAAAUUGCGGCAUCGGUUCCAAUGGCGUGGCCUCUGCACUGGCCUGGUAUCCAUUUGUUGACACAUUGAUAGGCGAUGACGAUGUCUUUAUGGCUCUCGAGCUACCACUCGAUUCACGCUCGUCAACAACGUCGUCGAACGGGACCUCAUCGUCAAGUUCAACGGCCGGAUUAGCAAAGGCGAUGCUUAAGGCUCCGCGGCCUGCGAAGCCGCUAUCUUCCGGAGCUCCCCCGCCUGCACCCGUACACGGCGGAAUUCACCACCACAACAACAGUAAUAAUCCAGCCAACCAUAGUCACUUUCAUCGGAUCAGUUACCUCAACCCCACCAGGCCUGUACCGGCACCGCCAGUCGCGUCGAUCAGUUCGGUAUCCGGCGUCGGUGGUCUUGGGGGUGGCACGUUUUCCUCAUCAGAUAGAGAUCCCAAAGGGGCUUUUGGUGGGGCGCAGGGCCCUGCAGAUAAGGACUCGCUCUGUAGCUACCAUAGCAACAAUUACAACUACGGACAUAUAACUGCUGCUCAACAUGAUUAUACUUAUAUUGACAGUAACCAAAUGCAAUCCAUACAGCCAGGAGCUAGCGGGAAAAAGCCUGCACUACUGCCGCCAUCGCGUUCACCGUCGACAUUGCCGCUACCGAUUAAGAAGAAAGGAGGUUCUACUGUCGGGAAACCUGAUGGACGCUUUGGUGGGGAACGUAUGGCUGUUUUGCAUUGCCGCCACUGCCUCGAGGAGUUUCGGCCGGAGGAGAACGUCCGUGGGGCCUGCGAGUUCGGGCCCGAUCCGGUUAUGGGUGCGAUUGAGCGGGCAUCUUGCAUGCCUUGCGUCGAGUGUGUGCUAUAUCACUGCUGGCGAGAUGACGACGAAGCGGGAGCUCCGCGCCGGCCUAGCAGUAGACGGUGGGCCGCUCUGGCCAUUCUCAGUGUAAUCGUACCGUGCUUAUGGCUAUACUAUCCGCUCAAGGCGUGCCAUCGAUGUGGCCAGUCCUGUGCCCUGUGCGGCGCCCGACACGAGGCCUGAUAUGAUGCAUGAACUCAGGGCGUCAAUAUGCUCUAUUUGACACUGUAGGCGAUAAGAUGAUCCCAUUUGAUAGAAUGAACGAGACGGCUGGUGAAGGGUGUCCCGGGCAAAAAAAUCUAGAAGAAACGAUCAUGAUAAGACGCUAUCAAAAUAUUAUAGAAGUGUGGAAUGAUUGUCUGUUGUUGUAUCAAUGGUCCUACUAGGAGAUGAACAUAAGUCACGAUGGAGAACACGCGUACGGGCACUAUCCAUCGUAUUUUCGACGAAGCCCAAGAAGGCCGCGGUUCUACCUUAGGUUCGCGGUCAUGUUCGUAUUCCUCUGUGCCACAGAAAAACAUACAAUGCACGACAUCUCUCCUGAAUCUGUCCUUCAACCUUCAACAAUGACACCAAAAAAAGUAAGAGGAAAUGUAUGAAUGAUUGUACACGAAUGAGCUGAGUUUCAAAUACUGUAUUCUAUAAUUCGACAUAAAUGACACAAGUGCAACAAGUAGGAGUAAUCAUAUGGCGCACGCAUUGCGGGUUCUACUUAACGCGAGAAUAAUGCAAGAAGUACAGCUGUUGGCACUUGGUGAAGUGAGCGAUAAAGCUUCAAUGGCGUAGUGGAUAGCCAUGAGGCCAAAGACUAGAAGUUUCGAAGUGUAGGAAUCGCACAAUUCAGAUGGGUGGCUACGUGUUGGAUCGUCAACCGCGCUCCGAUUUCGGUUAUCAGCAUGGAGAUCUCCCUCGUGCAUUCUCAUUGAUCCGAAGAACAGUGUUGAUGACGGGUACUCAACUUGAUCCCGUACGGUCCGUAGGUGGAAAAAAAUAAUUGAGGCAUACGACAGAGGAGAGACCAUGUCAAAGAGAACGUAGCCCUAUGGGUGCAAAAUUAAUUCAGCCUAUAUGGCACCUAGAUCACGAUUAGCGUCGACAUCAGGUAACACCUUCAGCUGGUUACUGUUGAUCAAAUAUAAACGGCUGUAAUAAGCAUCGUUAAGGGCAAUACAUGUGAACUCUUUACCUAGAAUAACAAUAAAGGGGGCUGCAAGGCAUAUAAUAGGUUCCAAUUUGGUUUCAACACGUAUGUAUACGAAUGUCGAUACGAAAUCUGUUGGCACUGUUUCAGUGCACAAAGCAGGCGCUGUCUGAAGCGUUUCUCAUCACCGAAAGGUGCUAUAUCUCCCUUUUAUUGACAGAACACGCAAUAACAAGACACGAACUACUAAACUGACAUGAAAUCAAAACUACGUAGGUCUGCUAUCUUAACGACAAGACACAAUACUCUUUUUAUUUAGUACGAAUGGAGUAUGUUCCACACCGCAUUCAGUACCACACAACCCAACUGAUAACAAAGAUGUUAUACUGCUAACAUUGAUAGUUCAUCGACUGUAAAAAAUGACAUAUGGCGAUGAUUCAUCAAACAAAACAAAAGCUACCUAGAGCAUCUGCUUCUUCUUGUAACAACGCUGAUGCCGCGUUGAC